CACCCUGGUUGAUCGGUUUCCGGUCUGUGGUGCAGCACCGGGCUCACAGAGCCACGUAACGGCUGGGGGUCUGCAGCCAUGGCUGAUAGGAAGACUAACAGUGGCGGGGCGUCCUCCUCCUCGACGGGCACUAACUUACUCUUCUCCUCGGCCACGGAGUUCAGCUUCAACGUGCCCUUCAUCCCCGUCACGCAGGCCGCCGCCUCUCCGGCUUCCCUGCUCUUGCCCGGAGAGGACUCCACAGAUGUUGGUGAGGAGGAUAGUUUCCUUGGCCAGACUUCUGCUCACACCUCCACCCCACAGACAUUCAGUUACUUCUCUCAGGUACCAAGCAGUAGUGACCCUUUUGGAAACAUUGGACAGUCGCCCUCCACAACUACAUCAACAUCGACUGGACAGUCAGCCUUUUCCAAGCCCCCAGCCACACUCCCUUUUACAACUGGAUCCCAAGAUGUGUCGAAUGCAUUUCCACCGUCAGUUUCCAGGGCUCAUUUUGGUGCUGCACCUUCCUCACAGCUGGGAGUAAAUACCUAUUUGCCGUCUCAGCCCAGUAGUCUCCCUCCAAAUAUCGGGACCCCCCCACAAGGGAUUCCUCAACAAGGACAUAACCCAUAUCGCCAUACUCCUGUCAGUAGCAGGGCGAAUCCUUACAUUGCACCCCCACAACUGCAGCAGUGCCAGACGCCAGGCCACCCCUCCUACCCUCCGCCUUCCGGACCCCCUGUGCAGACGUAUCAAAUGCCGACAGGACCGAUGCCACCGCUCCCUCCAUCAGUGCAGUCACCAGCACAGCAGCAAGUACCUGCCAGACCUGUGGGACCCCCUGUACAGGGGCCACCUCCUUUUAUACUUCAGAACCAGUAUGAACCUGUUCAGCCUCAUUGGUUUUAUUGCAAGGAGGUGGAACACAAACCUCUGUGGAUGCCUUUCAGUGUGCUUGACUCCCUGAAUCUUGAAGAGAUCUAUAAUUCAGUGCAGCCAGAUCCUGAAAGUGUGGUUCUAGCCACAGAUGGAGGGCGCUAUGAUGUCUACCUCUAUGACCGCAUGAGGAAGUCUGUGUAUUGGGAAGAGGAGCCAGCUGAAGUGAGACGCUGUACUUGGUUUUACAAGGGGGACACAGAUAGCAGAUUUAUUCCCUAUACAGAGGAGUUCAGUGAAAAACUAGAGGCUGAAUAUAAAAAAGCUGUAACAACGAAUCAGUGGCACCGCAGAUUAGAGUUUCCAAGUGGAGAGACCAUCGUUAUGCACAAUCCAAAGGUUAUUGUUCAGUUCCAGCCUUCUUCAGUGCCAGAUGAGUGGGGAACGACACAAGAUGGACAGACAAGGCCCAGAGUUGUAAAGCGUGGAAUUGAUGAUAACCUUGAUGAGAUUCCCGAUGGGGAAAUGCCUCAAGUUGACCAUUUGGUUUUCAUGGUUCAUGGCAUUGGACCUGUGUGUGACUUGCGCUUUAGAAGCAUUAUUGAAUGUGUGGAUGAUUUUAGGGUGGUUUCUCUCAAGUUGCUGCAGACACACUUCAAGAAGUCUUUAGAUGAUGGGAAAGUCAGCCGAGUGGAGUUCCUUCCUGUUCACUGGCAUAGUGCCCUGAGUGGUCAUGCCACGGGUGUGGACAGGAAUAUCAAGAAAAUCACUUUGCCAAGUAUUGGUCGGUUCCGGCACUUUACUAAUGAAACUCUGCUAGACAUUUUGUUUUACAACAGCCCUACCUACUGUCAGUCAAUUGUGGAGAAAGUGGGAGUGGAGAUAAACCGGCUAUACUCUCUCUUUUUGAGUCGGAACCCAAACUUCAAAGGAAAGUUCUCCGUUGCUGGUCACAGUUUAGGUUCUUUGAUUCUGUUUGACAUCUUGUCUAAUCAAAAAGAUACAAAUGUCUCUAAGUCUCCGGGGUCCAUGGCUGUUUCUAAUGGAGUUCUGAAACAGCCAAAUUUUCAGGAAAAGCAGAUACCUGAAGAGUCAAAGCUGAUGUCAGAUGAAUCGUGUGACCUUGAUGUUGAAAAUGAAGAACCCCCAACCUUGCAUGGAACCCUGGAAGCCCUCAGCCUCUUUGAUUACAUUAGCACUUUUGAAAAGGAAAAGAUGGAUAUGGAAUCUCUGCUUAUGUGUACAGUUGAGGACCUGAAGGAGAUGGGGAUACCCCUUGGGCCCAGGAAGAAGAUAGCCAAUUUUGUAAAACUUAAAGCAGCCAAACUGGAGCAGAAAAAAGCAUCAGAAAAGAAGGCAGCGGUGGCUGCUGUGACAAAAGGACAGGAUGAGAGCGCCCUGAAAACAAAGGAAAUGGCUUCUCCUUCAGAACCCAACGAGCCAAGGAGGAAGCUGUCAGUUGGGGCCUUUGUGUCUUCUGCUCGAGUUGAUUAUGAGUCUUUUGAAGUUGGCACAGGACAGGUUUCUGUCACUUACACCUCUUUAGACUUUGAACCAGAGAUCUUCUUUGCCUUGGGCUCUCCAGUAGGCAUGUUCCUCACUAUCCGAGGUGUGGACAGGAUUGAUGAGAACUACCGUCUUCCUACCUGCAAAGGCUUCUUCAAUAUCUACCAUCCGCUUGACCCAGUGGCAUACAGACUAGAACCUAUGGUUGCUCCGGAUUUGAACUUAAAAGCUGUUCUCAUUCCACAUCACAAAGGCAGAAAGCGACUUCACUUAGAGUUGAAAGAAAGCCUUUCUCGAAUGGGGUCCGACUUGAAGCAGGGUUUUAUCAGCUCUCUGAAAAGUGCUUGGCAGACACUCAAUGAAUUUGCACGUGCUCAUACCUCUUCCACUCAGUUACAAGAAGAACUGGAAAAGGUGGUCAAUCAGUUCAAAGAAGAAGAAGAAAAGCAAGUAGUUGAAGCAGAAAAGAUUGAAAGUCCAGAACUUUCCAAGGAUGAGGACUACUUAGGAAAGGUUGGAAUGUUAAAUGGAGGCCGCCGGAUUGACUAUGUUCUUCAAGAAAAGCCAAUAGAGAGUUUUAAUGAGUAUCUCUUCGCUCUUCAGAGUCACUUAUGCUAUUGGGAAUCUGAAGAUACUGCCCUCUUGUUCCUUAAAGAAAUCUAUCGAACAAUGGACAUUAGUCCAGAGCAGCCCCAGCAUUGAGCAGACUUGCAUUUUACUAGGAAGUUCCAGCAUGAGUGCCGUUGCAGAGAGGCUCUGUGGAGGCCAGUCCCCCUUUGCUCCUAUGAUGGAUGACAGAAAAGUGACCCAGCAGCAGUUGCUAACAUAAGCUUCUUGGAUGUAGGAAUUCAUUUGAAAAGGCACAGGACAGAAAGACACACACACACACACACACACACACAACACACACACACACACACACACACACACGUGCGAAAAAAAAAAAUCAGUACCACAUUUGGACAGUAUAGAAGAAAAACUGCAAUUAUAAAAUGAUGCUGUGGAAAUUCUCAGAUCUGUUUAGUUGUGUAGUUAUCAAAAUUAAGUAUGUCCUAAUGAACAGAGAUUUGUAGCAUGCAAACAGUUACUUCAAUUUCUUGAAACUAUCGUCAAUGGGCUGUUAAACUUAUAUAUUUCUUUGUAUUAAUGCAAUAUGUUAUUUUUAUUUAAAUAUGGACUUCUUGAGGAACUAUAGUAACAUGAUUUUUAAGAAACUUAUGCUAGGCUGGGCCUGGUGGCACAUGCCUUUAAUCCCAGCACUUCAAAGGCAAGGCAGGUGGAUCUCUGUGGUCGACAUAGCCGGUUCCAGGACAGCCAGGACUACGUAGAGAGACCUUUCAUAACAGAAAAGAAAAAGAAAAGGAAUUUAUGCUGUGCUUUAAUGUGACUUGCUCUGAGCUUCCCUGAUGCCGUUUUUCCUCCUUGUCACAAGGCAGUAGCCAAGGUCUCCUCUGCCCAAGCUGACCUGAGAGUAUAUGAAGCCAAGCGCCACUACUGAGAGCCUAGUUGCAGGCAUGAAGCACUUGUGAUGAUCUGAUCUCUCCUGGCUUGUCCACAUUGCCUGGGAGAUGAGCAAGUGACAAGCUUUCAUUGUGACUGAGGUAUCUGUGCCAGCACUCAUGGCUGAGGUUCCAGUUAACUGAGAACCAGAGUGGAAGGUUUUAUUCUUUGGUUUAAUUUUACUUGUACCAAAGGGUUUGAAAAAGGGUGGAUUUACUUCUCCUGGGAUGUAGAGCUGCUUGGUGAAGACUAUUCUGUAAUAUCAGUUUGUUUACUAUGAACUCCUUACCUAAAUAUUUCCUAACAAACACUGGGAAUGCUGAUUUCCUUCUUUUGUUACAUAGCGGAAGCAUUUUAUGUCAUUUACAUAGUUCUCAUGGAACAUGAAAGUUUUUUGAAAACAACAUAUAAUACACAUUUUUGUGUAUGUAUUCUAAUUGGUGUGAAUAAAACAGUAACAUUGA